GUCUGAUGUGUUUCUAUUGACAUAGACUCAAACAACAUUGUAGACCUGAUAAUUUCUGUAGUACAUAAUUCCUUUUGCGCUGAAUAUGUUUUUGGUUUGCAUUCGUGGUAUCUGCCUUGCAUUCUUUUGACUGCUUUCCCCCUUUUCUUUCUGUUUAUCUGCUUAGAGUUACAACAGUGAUUUCCUGCAACUGGACCUCUUACAACAUAUCUGUACGUUGUGUUUACAUGGAAGGGCUUUGACUGAUGCGUCAUCAGUAGUGAAGUAGUGGGGGUGGGGAAAGGUAAACAAAUGUUCGCAGUCCAGAGCGUUGGUAGCAAAUUCACAUAGAUGAAGUAUUAUUGUUUCCACAGGCAGCGGCCAGCGUGGGGCGCAAAAUGAAUGAUAAAACAGAUAACCUUCUGAAUGGUGGCCAGGAUCUUGAAAACUUGGUUCUUGGUGAAGAACCAGAUACACGACUGGAACAAGGAACACUGAGCUUUAGUGAGACCCCAGGAGCGCAUAGUGAAGCCAGUGCCCAUAUAAAGUCGUGGUCAAAGGUGAAACGAGGUGUUAUUAGCAAUCACAAUUCAACAGAGGAAAAUGAAGUGGAUGAUGCAGCCAUUUUUGCAGAGCCUGUUCUCAAGUUUGAAAUAGUGUCUGCGAGGACAGUAGAAAAAGAAAAUGAAAAGAAACAUGUGGCAUACACAUUAAUGAUUCGUAAGGAUGGUGUACAACCUGAUCCAAACCCUGCUGUCAUCGAGCGACGUUACACAGAUUUCCUUGAACUUUAUGAUGGAUUGCGGCGAAACUUUCCAGUGUUAAUGACAGGCAUUCCUUUCCCCAGAAAGGUCUUGACAGGUAAUUUGAAUCCUAGUCUCAUAUCUGCCCGAAGUUCAGGAUUUGAGGCUUUAUUGGAACAUAUAGGUCGUGAAACACAGUUGAGAGAGUCUGCUGCCCUCAUGAACUUCUUACAGAAUAGGGAAGAGGCAGAAGCUCGACAUUGGAUGCAAGCUCAGCAGUAUGACCAAGCUGUCCCCCUUCUUGAAAACAUCUUCAGAUUGCUCAAUAAAUUGUACACUGACAGGCAUCCAGCAGUCCUGUUGGCACUGUGCCGUCUUGUAGCAUGCAGCCAUGCAGCAGGCAUUGGUUUUGCAAAACAUUCAGCAAAAGAUUCCAUCAACAUAAGGAAGUCUAGUUAAGAGUUGUCGUCACUUCUUGCAUAAUAUUUAGUGUUAGCCAUUUAGCCUAUUUAUCAUAUUAAUAUACAUAGUUUUGUGUACCUGUAAAUAUUUUAGAAAUAAACAUUGAUAUUAAACCAAAUGUUACUUAUUUCAAAUGGGUAAAUAAUAAUAAUAAUAAUAAUAAUAAUAAUACUUUGUGUGUGUGUGUGUGUGUGUGUGUGUGUGUGUGGUAUAAUUUAGAAGGGCUUUUGACUGAAACCAUACUUGUUUAGCAGUCUCUUUGUUGUGCUGUCACCGACCCAGUAUCUCCAGUAUUUGGUAUCAGUCUAACCUGUUUGUUAUGUAAUGUUGUCAUUAUUCUAUCCUGAAUUUUCAGUUGAGGAUGAGAAUAAUUUAAACAGUAAUAAUCACUGUUACAGGAUGCUUGUAAGACAAAACCAGAUAAACAUUGUAAUGUUGAUGCUGUGUUUUAAAUUUAAAAAACAAAGUAAUUAUUAUCAAACUACAGAAACUCGGGGUUGGAAUAUCAACAAUAUUAGGAAAAGGAUAGCUUGCUACUCACAGUAAAGAUGACCUGUUGAGCUGUAGACAGGCACAAUGAAAAUACUGUUACACAUUAUAGCUUUGAGCCAAAGCCUUCUUCAGCAAAGAAAACACACACACACACACACACACACACACACACACACACAGAGAGAGAGAGAGAGAGAGAGAGAGAGAGAGAGAGAGAGAGAGAGAGAAAAUAUGCCCAUGUGUAUCUGUAUAGAUGCAGUCUCUUAUCCACAAAGCUAAUACUACUGUGGCUAUCCAAAUCUGUGCAGACCUCUACCUGUAAUUUAUGAAUUCUGAGCAACAUAUAUAAUUUACAGUGCCUCUAACUUUAAAAAGAAACUGUCACAGGAUUCUGUAUUUAACGUAGAGAAAUUUUCUACAUUACAUUGCAUAUGGAACUCGCAGCAAGCUGAAGUCAUAUAAGAUUUUCUUGUCUUGUCAUUGCUACUUGAAAAUAUUGUAUAACAACAUGAAUUUUUACAUUUUUUUGGGAUGAUUUUAUGUAGUGUGUUGUAGUAAUGAAACACUCAUGUGUUUCCAUUGAAUUUAAAUUGAUAUUUAUGAUUGUAUUGUAUUUCAAUGAUUUGUACUGUUUGGCUGUAACAGUUAUAAAUUGUACAGUGGCAAACUGAAAAGAAUUUUAUUUGUUAAUGUCUUGUUAUUCCUGCUUGUUGAAGUGUUCCUGUGUGGGCAUCAGUGGCGCCUUUGUCGUGGUAGUGUCCUUUUGCCAUAUCUAACAACAAAGCUUGGUGUGUUUUGGUUUCUUGAAUGAUUCUUGUCCAGUUAGCUGACUUUUCAGAAAUUGUGCUUUUACUGCUCUGUAAUGUAUAAUUAACUGUGCCGUGUCAGAACUUGACAUCAUGUAUGUGAUUUCCACUAGAGAAUUUAUUUUAUUGAACUGAUUUGUUACACAUGACUGAUUUUAUGAAUUGUAGGUACAAAUUUUAUUUCUAAAUGUACAUUAUUGUAUUUAAAUUGCAUUCAGUUUGAAGAUUGUGUUGAUAAUUGUGUAAUAAAUGUUAGUGGCGGCUUCGAAA